AGUUACGAUUGUAUACAAAUCUUUUUAAUUUGGUUACUUAAAUAUUAAAUUAUUUUGAGUUAUUUCGUUAAAGUUUGUCGAUUAUGCAAACUUAAUUGCACUUUUGUGUUUACUUUAUUUUUUUUAAAAAAUAUUUUAAAUUAACAUGGUAUAUCCGGACAGUAACGCAUCGCCAAGCUCAGAAGAAAAUAUCAAUUUAGAAAAAUAUCCUGGAAAGGUUUGCUUUUUGUGCAAUUUAGGUGAACGUAGUAUUCUAGGACAGGGACAAUUUUUGCGACUAGAAAUAUUUGGUAAUCUGAACGAUGUUGAAACUAAUAUCAUCGAUGAUAUUUUUAAUGGAGACAUCAAACAUAAAGAGCUGUCACAACAAACAAUACGUCGGAUAAAAAAUACUGGCAAAGCAAAAUUUGGAAAUGAUGUACACGAUUUAGAUAAUGUUGGUCAUUCAGAAAUGCUUCAACUGCGAAUGCAGUGUGAUGGCACCUUUUUUUAUGUACAUCAAAUGUGUGCCAUGUGGACAACCCGAACAAAUUGUAUUAAUGUUGAGUCUCUGCAAAAUUGCGGGAUAGUGAGUUUACAACGCAAAUGUUGUUACUGUGAUCAAUAUGGUGCCAGUAUAACAUGUUCUUUGGAUUGCAAAAAAGCAUAUCAUUUACCAUGUGCUGCCGCUUCAGGGUGUUUUCUAGUGUUGCAAACUUUUACAGCUUUUUGCAAUGAACAUUUAAACCAAGUGCCUUACCAUUGUACAGAUAAUAAUGUAUGUAGAAGUUGUUCUGUUUUUGGAGAUAUUUCAAAAUUAAUUAUGUGUUCUACUUGCGGCGAACAUUAUCACACUACUUGUAUAGGACUUGUAAAUUCUCCAGAUACAAGAUCCGGUUGGAAUUGCCUCCACUGCAGCAAAUGUCAAAUUUGUAGACAAUCAGAUUCACAAGAAGGGCGUUCCUUAAAAUGCGAACAAUGCCAAAAGCUUUAUCAUACAACAUGUUUGAGACCUGCUUUAACGACUGUUCCAAAAUAUGGUUGGAAAUGCAAUUACUGCAGAGUUUGUUCAGACUGUGGAUCUCGAACACCGGGUGGAGGAACAUCGUCACGUUGGCACUGUCAUUACACCAUAUGUGAUUCAUGCUAUCAACAACGUAAUAAAGGCUUCUCUUGUCCGAUAUGUCACAAGGCGUAUAGGGCAGCGGCUCACAAAGAAAUGGUUAAAUGUAGCACUUGUCAUAGAUUCGUACAUAGCCAAUGUGAUAAGGAAGCUGAUCUUAGCAUUUAUCACAAGAGAAAAGAACACAAUCCAGACUAUGAUUAUACAUGUCCGCAUUGCAAAAAUAAAAACAUUAUUGAUUUUGCAAUAAGUGAAAGUACACAUGCUUCGGAUACAGCACUUUCAACGUUAGAUGGUUUUAGUGAUAAAUCUGGAAAAUGCUUAGAGUUGGAUUUUAUGGAAAAAAAUUCUCAAGAGAAUAGUCUAGAAGAUAAAACUGCCGAACUAAUUAAAAAUUCCAAGAAACGUAUGAAUUUUAAAGAUUUUUAUCGGGGGCGUGGAGGAAAAUUAGCUUUUCAAAAAACCUGCCUGCUAACGCAUUUAAACAGAAAACGCGGAGCUCGUGGAAGGAACCGUAUAUUAAAUAAUGGAUUAGAAAGAAUGAUGGAUAAAAACAAAAGUCGAAGUGUUGAUGAUGAUAUAGCUAUGGAAAAAAGAUUGCUAUUUUGUUCAACUAAUGAUAUAUUCACACUUACAGGAGAUAUUUGUGUUUCGUGUGGAUCUGUUGGCAUUGAUGAUGAGGAUGCAAUGAUAUCUUGUGCACAGUGUGGUCAAUGUUAUCAUACUUACUGUGCUAACGUGAAACUGUCUAAGAUUUUGCUUAAAAAGGGUUGGCGCUGUUUAGAUUGCACUGUUUGUGAAGGUUGUGGUCAAAAAGAUGAUGAAGCACGACUAAUACUUUGCGACGAGUGCGACAUUUCUUAUCACAUUUAUUGUAUGGAACCGCCAUUAGAAAUAGUUCCACAUGGAAACUGGAAAUGUAAAUUGUGUGCAGUAUGUGAAAAGUGUGGAAGAAGUACACCAGGAAAAAACUCAACGUUUGACGAAUAUAUGAAUUGUGGUCCUUGUGCUAGCACAACAAAAUGUAGUAUAUGUAUCCGGCAAUACAAUGAACAUGAACUUAUUAUUCAAUGUAACAGCUGUGAACGAUGGCUUCAUUGUAAAUGUGAUCCUUUCUACAUCAAAAACGAUACAAAAAUUUUUGAUAAUAACGAGUAUCAUUGUAUAUUUUGUAAACCAAACGAAAGUAGUUCUCCACAUAUACGGGCAGAUAGCAAUAGUUCACUUAAUUAUACAAUAUCUGAUAGCAGACUUGCGACUUGUAGUACCGCGUUGGUACGUAAACAAAAUUCUGAACCUAUUUUUUCCCAUUAUUCACAAACUGAACAAAAUGAUUCCAUGGAUACGGCACAUGUACUGGAUGAUGUUUAUGUUACUGAACGAGGUCUUAGUUGUAUUAAAUCUUUAACCGCGGAAAUUAAAAGAAAACGGAAAAUGCGUCUCUGUAAUGAGGUUGCAGUGAAAGAUGAAGGUGUAGAAGCUGCAAUUGAAUCAGUGGUUUCUGCUGCCAAUGUAAAUAUUGUUGAUGACGGCCAUGACUGUGACAGCAAUUUAAAAGUCCAAAGAGAAAACGGAAACGAAGUAAGUGCAAUGGGUCUAAGCGGAACGAAUAGUCCACCACAAACUGUUCGCAAAAAACGGCAGCGUAAUUUACAAAAACUGGGAAUCGGUGGUUUUCUCGCUCGAAAUCGCAUUUAUAAAAAAGAUUUGGAAAAUUCUAAUUUACCGGAUUCAGCUAACAAUCAAGUUACCGGUCAACCAGUAAACAAUGAGAAAAAGAAAAAAAUGGCACGUAAAAAGUCGAAAGAAAAAUUAACUGAUACGUAUCCUUCUUAUUUACAAGAAGCUUUCUUUGGAAAACCACUUUUAGAUGCGAAAGACAGUACAAAAUGGGAGUCAGAUUCUUCAGAUGACUUCAAUUAUAAUAAUUCAAACAAAUUAGUAAAUGAUGCGUAUUCAGCUCUGCAGAAUAAAUCUGUGCCUAAACAUAAUGUGACCGCGACAACGCAGAGUGAAAAAAAUGAAACUGUUAAUUCUAUUACUAUUGAAAAACAACAGAAUCCGAUACCAACUACAUUGAAUGCGCCACCUAAAAUAAAUGCUGAAAGCUCAUUAACAUCUGCGAUGUACGUAAAUAAUUUUAAAAGAACUAACUCAUACGAAGUUCAAAAUCUUAACACGCAGUUAACGGUCGAGAAGAAAGUAUUCAGAAAUGAUACUGCAGGCGUUGCUGUUUUAAACAAUAACUGUGGAAAUUUAAACGGAGUCGUUGUAAUGGAUAAUUUAAGGAUAAACCAAUCUCCGAAAGAAGUAAUAGAUAAUAAUAAAAUCGGUUAUAGCUUAAACAGAGUUGAAAAUACAACUGCACCAGUGCAGAUUAUGCAACCAACACAGUGUGAUAUAAAUUUAAAUCAAACGGCUUUCUCAUUGCAAACAUCGAGUAAUACAAUAAAUAUGGAUCACAAUCUUCAAUUACAAAAUCAAAAUCUUCAAGUGCAAAAAGUGGUGCAAAAAGAAACUGUUCCCAAACGUAAUAUGGCAUCAGAAGAAAACGUUGAAUCAGUUGCUGCGGGAACACAAAAAACCGCAGAGAAAAUGCGACGCGAUGAAGAAUUGGGCGAAAUGGCUACUAUAUCUGCAGUGCUAUACGCUAACACUCAGUUUCCUGAACUUAAACAAACUUAUCCAAAUUGGAAUGAUCGCUGUAAGCAAAUACUAAAAAAGUGGCGCUCAUUACCGACAGAAAAGAAGGCACCCUUUUUACAACAUGCAAAGGAUAAUAGAUCAGCUUUAAGAUUACAAAGGAUUCAGCAAUUCCAUGGAAAAUCAUAUAUGCCACAAAAAGUAGCAAAACCUUAUGUUGAAGAUAUAAGAAAACAACAACAACCACAAACACAACAACAACCACAACCAAAACCCAAUGAAAUAGUUACAACAAAUGAUUUUAAAAAUUUAAUUGGUGAUUCUUUAAACCAAAAUUUACAAUUACAUGAUCGACAAAUAGUCCUAGAUAAUGGAAAUAAAAUUUCUGAGAAUGUUACUGAUCCGACAAAGACUGUUGAAUUCUUACAAAAUAGUUUUCAGAUUAAUCGUGAAAUAUGUGCAGUGGAUAGAAAGAAAGAUUUUGAAAAUAUUUCAAAUAGUAAUAACAAACAUUUACGAAAUCUUUUACAAACGCAGGCAGUUUAUACAAUUCCACCAACAAACAGUUUAGCAAUACAACCGCGUACCAUAACAAAUACAGUUCCAACAAAUGACAGUAAUAUGACACAUAAUAUAUAUAUAAAUCAACAACAAUCACAACAGCAAACAGAUAUGUUGGAAUCAAAUAUCUCUAUCGAUCCAAAAUUCGAUCUUAAAGUAAUCGAUAAUGUGGAAAGUAGUAAUGUUGCUGAAUUAGAAAGAAUUGAUCCAGACGAAAAUGUCGGACUAGGUGAUAUACUAGGAGGUUUCGGCGAAGGAGAUGAUGACGAUCUUUUAAAAUCAUUAACUACAGAAAUAGGUGACGAUUUUAAUAUAUUAGAAUAUGCAGAUCCAGAGUUGGAUGAAUUGUCAACAAACCAAAAUAUUUUAAAUAAAUUGGAUUUAGAUGACAAUGAAAAAUCUACCAUUAAUGUAUAGAAUUAAUAUAAAAUAAUAGAAAUAUUUUCUAAAAAAAUUAAAAAUUA